AUGGUCUUCAAGAUUGUGGUCUUCUCCUGCCUAGUGGCUGUGGCUUGCGGAAGUGUAGCACCAGCAGCUAUAGCAGCUGCCCCUGUUGCAUAUACUGCUCCAGCUGUCGCAGCAAGACUAGAGGAAUUCGAUUCUUUUCCUCAGUACAGGUUCGGGUACAAUGUAGCUGACUCUUUCACUGGAGACUACAAGAGCCAACAGGAACAACGUGAUGGGGAUGUCGUUCAAGGACAGUACUCUCUUGUCGAGCCCGACGGUACACGACGAGUCGUAGACUACGCCGCAGACUCUGUCAAUGGUUUCAAUGCAGUUGUACGUAAGGAGCCCCUAGUUGCUGCUGCUCCCGCCGUUGCCGUUGCCGAGCCCGUGGUAGCCGCUAAAGUUGCUGCUCCUAUCAUAGCCCAACCCGCGCCUGCUGUUGUAGCAGCUCGUUAUGCCGUCGCUCCUGCCGCCCGUUAUGCUGUAGCAGCAGCUCCCGUAGCAGCAGCUCCAGUAGCAGCUCCAGUUUAUGCCAGAUACGCUACUGCUCCUGUUGCUUCAGCUCAGUAUGUCGCCGCCCCUGCCGCCCAAUAUGUUGCUGCCCCUGCCGCUCAAUACUACACCGCCCCUGCUGCUCAAUACUACACCGCCUCUGCUCCCUUAGUGAGCGCUCGAUACGCCGCUAGUCCAUUUGUAGCAGCCCGCUAUGCCGCUCCAGUGCCAGCCUACGCGACCAAUGUCGCUGCCUACUCUGCUCCAGUAGCAGCUGCCUAUACCUCAGCUGUACCUGCGAGGUUCACCUAUGCCGCUCCCGUAGCCGCUCCCGCCCGAUUUGCCGCCGCGCCGGUCGCAGCAGCACCAGCCAAAAUCGUCGAAAGUGUCGCAGCUGGUUACCGUUACCCU